AUGCAGAUUAUCAUCCCAAUCCUUUACGAAUUACUGGGCAUCCAAGAUGCUGUCACCUCUCCAUUGCCACAUAGAUUUCUUACUACAUCAGUCACAAGCCUGGUGGAAGAUGAGGCUAACACCAAGUCCUGUGUGAGAUUUAAUGAGGCUGGGGUACCUAAGAGGAGAGGCAGUGGAAAGUCUUCCACUAGCUAUCGACUCCCGACUCCUUACCCUUACUCCAAGUGUAUGAAGCAAGAAGAGGAAGAAGAGCAGGAAUCAACUAUUGAAGUACAGGGAGAUUUACCUGACUAUGGAGAUGCGCAGACCGGGCAGCGGUGGAAGCUACGUGCCCAUGCCGGCCAUGAGGUAUGUUCCUAACCAUUCUUCAAUGCUGCCUUGUAUUUAUGAUUAUGUCCUAAAACAGUAUUUCAUGUCUAUAGCAAUUUAGAUUUCUGAGAGGAUAGACAUACUGUAUUUGACACAGAAGCAGUUAGGUUGGGAUCACACUAAAACAUUUUUUAAAGUGGCAGCAGCUUUUCCCCUGUUGUUUUCAAUGGUGCAGAUGUGUUUUUAGGUCUCUGAGGACACCCUCGUCACUUGUGUGCAGGACAGCCUGCAUCGGUCUCUCUUCAAACUUGCAUGCAUGUCCGAUUCUCCAUCUGGAAGCGCAGGCUCUCCGAAGAUAACCCCUUGUUUAAUGGCAGAUGUGGCUGAAGAUGUCAUGUCGAACGUAUCAGUGAUCAUUAAGAGUGCCUCUGCAAGCCAAACCUCUCUAGUGACACCUGUAAGAAGGUGACUGAGGGCAUGGUGAGAGAGCUCGCAGCUAAAUGUGAAAAAGUUGACCAAGAGAGCAAGAGUCUUACAGGGCAAGUCAUGACCACCAUCUCUGGUGUCAGGAUUUGCUUGAAGAUCUGACGGAGAAGAUCACGUUUUUGGCGUCGCAUUGUGGCUCUGUUGACGAUCUUGAUGCCCUGAUAAGGAAAUAUUAG